CCCGUGCCGGUUUAGUAGCUGUGAGCGCCAUUGAGUUCCAGGCAUGGAGGGAGGCGGGUUGGGCCUCACCGUUUGCGUGCUGACUGGGGCCUCCCGGGGCUUCGGCCGCGCCCUGGCCCCGCUGCUGGCCCGGCUGCUGUCGCCCGGUUCGGUGCUGCUUCUGAGCGCACGCAGUGACUCGGCGCUGCGGCAGCUGGAGGAGGAGCUGGGCACACAGCAUCCAGGCCUGCGAGUGCUGCGGGCAGCGGCUGACCUCUGCACCGAGGCCGGCGUGCAGCAGCUGUUGUGCGCGGUGCGCGAGCUCCCCAGGCCCGAGGGGCUGCAGCGCCUGCUGCUCAUCAACAAUGCAGGUGAUACCGCCGACCAAACUGGGGCUCCAGGCUCUCACCGUUUGGGCUCUCUUGGGGAUGUUUCCAAAGGCUUCCUGAACGUGACCGACCCAGCCGAGGUGAACAAUUACUGGACUCUGAACCUGACCUCCAUGCUCUGCUUGACCUCGGGCACCCUGAAUGCCUUCCCGGAUAGCCCUGGCCUCAGCAAGACGGUGGUUAACAUCUCCUCUCUGUGUGCCCUGCAGCCCUAUAAGGGCUGGGCGCUGUACUGCGCCGGGAAGGCUGCCCGAGACAUGUUGUACCAGGUCCUAGCUGCUGAGGAACCUGGCGUGAGGGUGCUAAGCUAUGCUCCAGGUCCCCUGGACACAGACAUGCAGCAGUUGGCUCGAGAAACCUCCAAGGACCCAGAGUUAAGAAACGGACUGCAGAAGCUGAAGUCGAAUGGGGAGCUGGUGGAUUGUGGGACAUCAGCCCAGAAGCUACUGAGCUUGCUGCAAAAGGACACCUUCCAGUCUGGAGCUCACAUAGACUUCUAUGACAGUUAAAGUCCGUGUCCUACCACAGUGCCCUCCCCAGCCCUGCCUAACACAAACGUAAGCCCUCAGACCCAGCCAGCAGGGCGUGGCUGGCAUCAUCAGUCAUCAGAAGGCUUCUGCAGGGGGCUAGAGAGAGCAUUGUUGGGUGCUGGUAUCCCCAGAAAGAGAAGUUUAGAGCCGGGAAGAGGAGGAGAAGCUGAGACACUGGAGAGGAGGCUGAGCGUCUUGCCUGUGGGGUGAAGAGGGUGUGCCCUGAUGCAGAAAGAGGACCGAGGGCAUCACGGCGAUGGUCCUUGAACUUCCCAUCUUUGUUCUGCUGCCGUCUUCCUCUGACACCCACCGUUUCUCCCCCGACUCUGGUCCAAAUACAUAGUUGUAAGGCAGGAGCAGUAGAGUGCGUGUUGCCCUUCAUGGAUGCCUGCUGUCCUCUUCUAGAGGUCAUUAGCUAGGGUGUCCUGAGCGUGUCACUGCUUGCUCUUCCCAGAGUAUUGCCAGGCAGCUGUCUGCCUCCUUUCAUUGAGGCCCACAUAGUGGUUAUUAUAGGUCCAAAGUCAUUCAGGUAGAAAUGCCAGGACGCCUGUGCCUUUGUCAUGCUUCUGUCCACACUGACUCACCUUUCCUGCCAUUUUCUGGAGGGUCCUAGAGCUAGCCGGUGAGUAUCCAUCCUCAGCGCCCAAUGCACAGCAGACAGCCCUCAUCAGUGAGGACCUGGAUUUCUAGUUCCACCCCUUGCCAACCCAGAAGCUCUGUAAAUAGGCCCAGGCUCCUGUGGUGACCUCUAGCCCACCUUUCUGUUUGUGUUAAAAGAACUCGCUGGUCCUCCUUGUGCCCAGCAGAGGGCGCAUUGGGGCUGUGCAGCGUGAAAAGGUGGGGCUUGCUUGCCCUUUCUGCAGGGAAUACCACAACUGUUGAGGAUUCCCCAAGGUGGAAGGGGGUAACUUCUAUCACCUUUCCCAGUGGAGUCUUUACCCUCUCUGGAAUGGAAAUGGCCGCUUCAGACUUCUGCUCCACUGACCAGCUGGUAACCCACAGCAAGUUGCUCUUGUGCCUCUGAAAUGACUGUAUAUUACAAUGCACUUAAAUAAAGCAUUGCACCCGUCCAAAAGGGUCAUUGUG